AUCACAUCCCCCGCCAUCUCCCGCCACUUAUAACAUACAUACAUCUCUCUCUCUCUCUAAAAAUCAGAUCUAUUGAGCAGAAAACGCCGGCCACCUCAGUUGCUGAAGCUACGGAGAGUACAAAAACACGAUGUCCGACGAGGAGCCAGUAAUAGCCGGACGUCGGCGCACGCGGGGCGCCGGCGCGUCAGCGCGCUCAGAAGCGCUCGAGCGUCUGAAGGCACUCCGCCGCGGUGGCCGCCGGGAUCAGGACGCCGCUGGAUUCCAGAUCAAGAUGGAGCAGCCGAUUUACGACACCGUGGAUGAAGACGAGUACGAGGCCUUAGUCGCUAAGCGGCGUGACGAAGCCAAGGGUUUCAUUGUGGAUGACAACGGCUUAGGGUACGGCGAUGAAGGCCAGGAGGAAGACUGGUCCGUCGCGGGCGCGUCCUUAUCCUCCGAGGAAUCCGAGGGGGAAUCCGAGAGGUCCAGAAAGAAGAAGAAAGUUCUCAAUUCGGACAAGAAGGAGAAGGAAGCGGCCAAGAGGCCUUCUCCGCUAGCCUCUGCGGCGGCCUUGAUGGGUAAGCAGAGAAUUUCUAACAUGUUUACUUCGUCUGUGUUUAAGAAGGAUAUACAGAAGAAUGUUUCGUGUGAUAGUAUUGUUGAUGAUGUGAUUGCGGAGUUUGCACCUGAUGAGAAUGAUAGGGAGAGGAGAAGGAGAGCCAAUUCAAACAAUUUAGGUUUGAAUAAAUCCAGCAAUUUAGGGGUUUUGCCUGUUAAACUUGAGAAGCCUUUUGUAAAUAGUUAUACAAUUAAGAAUGACAUUCAUGAGACUAACAGCGGCAACGGUGAUGUGGGCGUUGAUCAUUCUGAAAAAUAUAACAUUAUCGUAGAUGAGGGUAAUAGUGCCAUUGAUGCCGAGAAAGGAUCCGAUGCAGCUGACAUGAUUAGAGACGAGGGAGCGAAGGAGAGUAGUGAAACUGUAAAAAAUGAGAAAAACGACUUAUUGUUGGUUAGUGAGUCUGAAGGGAAGGAGGUAAAGAAAAAUGUGUAUUCUCUGAAUGCGAAACUUGAAGAAGCUAAGGAUCCAGCGCUGAGUGCCAGUGUGGGGUGGCAAGCUGUAAGUGCUGGUAUUAUUGAUUGUAAGGGGACUGGGUUUGAGGUCGGAGGGAAUCAGGCAACAAGCAGUGAGGAAAAAUUAGACUUUGAAGUGGAGUCCGAUGGAUCAUUGCCUUUUUAUAUACUCGAUGCACAUGAGGAGAUCUAUGGUGCAAAUGCCGGGAAUGUUUAUCUCUUUGGAAAGGUCAAAUCAGGAGGUACAUACCAUAGCUGCUGCGCAGUUGUGAGAAACAUGCAGAGAUGCGUGUAUGCGGUCCCAAAUGUUUCUUUCAUACACAACGACUUAAUUACUGAGCUAGAAAAAAGAGUUGAAGAGUCACGAACAUCCAUCAUAGCUUGUAAGGAUUCAAUGACAAAGCAUGAGAGGGAUGGUGAAAAGCCCCAAAUUUCAUCCAUAGAUCUUAAAGGCACAACUGCAAAGCUAGAAAAAGAUCUAGAAGAGUCUCAAGCAGCUCUACGAGCUCAACUACAUGAGUUGGCAUCAGAAUUGAAGGCUGAAAUAACAAAGGAGUUACUGGAACGAAAUGUCUCAACUUUCAGCAUGUUUCUUGUCAAGAGAAACUAUGCGUUUGAGAGAUCAGACAUACCCCAUGGGGAGAAUUAUUUCCUAAAGAUCAAUUACCCGUUCAAGGAUUCACCACUUCCAUCAGAUCUUAAAGGGAACAACUUCCGUGCUUUGCUUGGAACUCACAAUAGUGGGCUGGAAAUGUUCCUAAUUAAAAGGAAAAUAAAAGGACCAUCAUGGCUAUCAAUAUCAAAUUUCUCCAGCUGCACAGCUUCUCAACGCGUGAGCUGGUGUAAGUUUGAGGUUAAUAUUGAUUUCUCAAAGGAUAUUCAAGUUUCAACUUCGUCGAAGAAUAUUUCAGAGAUUCCUCCAGUAGUAGUUACAGCUAUAAAUUUGAAAACAAUAAUCAAUGAGAAACAGAAUGUAAACGAAAUUGUCUCUGCAUCGGUCAUUUGCUGCCACAGGGCUAAGAUUGAUACUCCCAUGGUAACCUCAGACUGGACACGCCCAGGCAUGCUCAGCCAUUUUACUGUUGUGCGUAAACUUGAGGGAGGCAUAUUUCCAAUGGGUUUUACUAAGGAGGCAGCUGAGAGAAAUACAAAGGCAGGGUCAACUGUUAUUUGCUAUGAAAGCAGUGAAAGGGCUCUAUUAAAUCGUUUGAUGAUUGAGUUGCACAAAUUGGAUAGUGAUGUUCUAGUUGGGCACAAUAUUUCUGGCUUUGACCUGGACGUUCUUCUCCACAGGGUCCAGGCUUGCAGGGUUCCCAGCAACAUGUGGUCUAAAAUAGGCCGUCUCAAACGCUCCGCCAUGCCCAAACUUCAGAAAAAGGGGAGUUCAGUAUUUGGUUCAGGAGCAAGUCCGGGAAUCAUGUCGUGCAUUGCUGGCCGUCUCUUAUGUGACACAUACAUUUGUUCUCGUGACCUAAUAAAAGAGGUGUCUUACUCCCUGUCACAACUUGCAAAAUCACAGCUAAAUAAGGACCGAAAGGAAAUUAAUCCACAUGAUAUUCCAGAGAUGUUUCAAAGUUCUGGAUCACUUAUGGAACUUAUUGAGUAUGGGGAAACAGAUGCAUGGUUGUCUAUGGAACUCAUGUUCCAUUUGAGUGUUCUUCCCUUGACACGUCAAUUGACAAACAUUAGUGGAAAUCUUUGGCAUAAAACUCUCCAGGGUGCUAGGGCUCAAAGAGUGGAAUAUCUUUUGUUGCAUGCAUUUCAUGCCAAGAAGUUUAUUGUUCCGGACAAGUUUUCUCCUCAAUCCAGAGAUACAAGGACUGUAAAACGUAAAAGUAGUGCUGGUGCUGAUGAGAAUGAUCUCGAUGAUACAAAUUUUGAUGAGGCUCCAGAAGAUUCUCAUGGGAAAACCAAGAAGGGACCUUCCUAUGCUGGUGGAUUAGUGCUGGAGCCAAAGAAAGGACUCUAUGACAAGUAUAUAUUACUUCUGGAUUUCAACAGUCUCUACCCUUCUAUUAUUCAGGAAUACAACAUUUGUUUUACUACUGUUGAAAGAUCUCCUGAUGGAUCGGUUCCCCGUCUACCCUCUAGUAAAAAGACUGGAGUACUACCUGAGUUGCUUAGAAAUUUGGUUGAGAGAAGACGAAUGGUGAAAUCAUGGUUAAAAACAGCAACUGGCCUCAAAGUUCAACAACUUGACAUACAACAGCAAGCUCUAAAGCUGACAGCAAACAGCAUGUAUGGGUGCCUGGGAUUCUCCAAUUCAAGAUUCUAUGCAAAACCCCUAGCAGAACUAACAACACUACAAGGAAGGGAGAUUUUACAGAGCACUGUUGAUCUUGUUCAAAAUACUCUAAAUCUAGAGGUUAUUUAUGGAGACACAGAUUCAAUAAUGAUAUAUAGUGGACUCGAUGAUAUUGGAAAAGCUAAAGCUAUAGCGGGGAAGGUCAUUCAAGAGGUUAACAAGAAAUAUAGGUGUCUUGAGAUUGAUCUGGAUGGCUUAUACAAAAGAAUGCUUUUGCUCAAGAAGAAGAAAUAUGCAGCUGUCAAAAUGCAUUUUAAGGAUGGUAUAUCGUAUGAGGUUAUUGAGCGUAAAGGUCUUGAUAUGGUUCGGCGUGAUUGGAGUUUGCUAUCCAAGGAAUUAGGAGAUUUCUGUCUCGGUCAAAUAUUAUCUGGCGGGUCCUGUGACGAUGUUGUUGAAGUGAUACACAGCUCUCUCAUGAAGGUACAAGAGGAAAUGAGGAAUGGACAAAUACCACUUGAAAAAUAUGUGAUCACAAAGACACUAACCAAACCACCUGAAGCAUAUCCUGAUUCCAGAAGUCAGCCUCAUGUAGAAGUAGCACUUAGACUGAAGAGAAGUGGUUAUGUAACUGGUUGUUCUGCUGGAGAUACAGUACCUUAUGUCAUUUGCUGUGAGCAGGGAACUGGUUCUACUUCCUCAUUUGGAAUCGCCCAGCGGGCGAGACAUCCUGAUGAACUGAAAAAAGACAACGGAAACUGGAUUGUUGACAUUGACUAUUACCUAGCCCAGCAGAUUCACCCUGUAAUAUCUCGUCUAUGUGCAUCGAUUCAAGGUACAAGUCCAGCACGUUUGGCUGAUUGUUUGGGGCUUGACUCAUCAAAGUUCCAGAAUAAAUCAAUUGAUUCUGCCAGAAAUGAUCCGUCCAGCUUGCUAUCAUUUGUAUUGGAUGACGAAGAAAGAUAUCUUGGUUGUGAACCUUUGGUUUUAUCGUGCCCAAGCUGCUCGGGCACCUUCAGAUGCUCGCCAAUAUUGACAUCAGUUUGUACAUAUAUCAAUACCAAGCCAGAAGAUGUGCAAGCAGGAUCAACUAACAAUUUCUGGCAGAAAUUGUGCUGUCCGAGGUGCCCAGAAGGAGAUGUUGGGAAAAUAACUCCUGCCAUUAUAGCUAACCAGGUGAAAAGACAAGCUGAAAGAUUUGUGUCAAUAUAUUACAAGGGCCUGAUGAUGUGUGAUGACGAAACAUGCAACUACACUGCACGUGGUGUGAAUCUCCGUGCACUAGGGGAUUCCGAGAGAGGAACAACUUGUCCAAAUUAUCCUCAUUGUAAUGGACACCUUGUCAGAAAGUACACGGAAGCAGAUUUGUAUAAACAGCUGACAUACUUCUGCUACACUUUAGACACUGUACGCUGCAUUAGCAAGAUGGAGGCCGAUAAGAGAUUGGCCGUAGAUAAAGAAGUAGCAAGAAUCAGGCCUCUGGUUGAAAUGGCAGCGUCGACAGUGGAGAGCAUCCGUGAUAGAUGCGCCUACGGGUGGGUUCAGCUCAAAGACUUUGUUGUUUUAGUUUAGCUUAAAAGUGAUGGUAUUGUUAUUCUGCGCAUUGCGUUUGUGAAAUCAUAAGCCAUAUGCCAUCUGCCAUCUGAUGCUUAGUGUGAAUAUAAAGUUAUUUAGGGAUGUGUUCUUUCAUUCAUCCAGCACCUUAGUGAACUCAAUUAUAUCAUUGUAAACAAUUAUAUCAUUGUAUAUGCCAAAAUGUUGCAACUAUUAAUCAUAAUCUGAGUAUAAAUUUGAGGGUUGA